AUCAGGUUUUAGUUCCAAAUCCAAAGUACAAGAUGCCAAUACAGAGACACAGAAGUGGCAGCCAACAAAUGACGUAUGACGUCGAGGACGAGUAUAGCGAUGAAUGGGAGGACAGUUUUCAAGACACAGCAGAUGUUAUUUGCAUCACUCCUCCCGUUGGCUACAAGCCCAAGGCCAGAGAUGGACACCAGCAAGUGUACCUGUCCAAAAUGAUCCUGCAAAGGAUGAAACGGGCAUCGGGCGCAAGUGAGACUCGACGGGCGAGGGAGGUCUUCAGGCGAUAUGAAGAGCGCCGCCACUUGGCCAGACAGAUGCUGAAGCAAUCUCCGGAAGAACCAUCAUCACCGCCUCUUCCUGGCAGCGUCAUUGGGAGUCGCCUCCAAGACGAUGUUGAGUACUACUCCAGUGAUUUCACCGAGGAUGAGGAUGAUGCCAAGUGGGUAGGGGAUGCUGGUCGGCAUAUUGUCACCAUAGAGACCAGCUCUGGGGGUGAAGAGGUGUUGACAUCUUCCGAGGAUGAGGAGAUCCAGUUACUGAUGGGCAAGAGUGAUAAGCACACCAGGAGGAGGACUUCCUCUGUGGUUGACUUCGGGAAGCAGUGUCGCGGGGAUCGUAGUCACAAAGGAAAGAAUGCCUCUUCUUCUGCUACGAAUAACGCAGCGAAAGAUAACCUUCCAGAUACAGAUGGCAGGAGGUUUAAUCUUCCCCACGACAGGCCCCUGGACCCCUGGAGGCUGCCACCGAUUGAAAACCUGACCAAGAAGGGACCCGUAAAUUUGGUCCUGAAUCCAGCGACAAGCCAAGAUACAGCUUGGGAAGGCCCAUCAACUGCCUCCAUCCCCGACCAGAUGCUGAUGAAAUCUCUCCGGGCAAAGGCAAGAAAACUCAAGAAGCAUGAGCGACAAAAGAGAAAGAGGAAACAAAUGAGUGAAAAGAAAUAAGUAUUGGUAAAAACAAAUCCUAAUUUUUAAACC